ACCUAAACGAAACCGAAACCAAAACACACGCAGCCUGCUCGAAAUGUUGAAGCUUCCGAUGCUCCUGGGCACCACCGUGGUGGUGGCCCUUCUCCUGGUCUCCGGCGGCGCCCAGGCCGAGGCCUCCCUGUGCAGCCAGAGCGGGUACUUCGCACUUGUGGAUAACACGCCCGAGUUCUAUGCCUGCCGCGCGUCUCCUGCCGGCGGCUUCUCUCUGCAAAUAAUGCGCUGCUCGGCCGGCAGCGUCUUCAGCUCCAAGGCUGGCCACUGCACAGAAGUGGCAGACCUGUCACUAAUGGCACGCGAUGAUGGCAACAUCGAGAAUCCGACGAUUCCUCCCAGCAAUGUGGAUGAUAGUUCCUCGCAGAAGCCGGCUGAGGUAACCACUCCUACGCCUGUCCCUACCGCCGCACCCUUUACUGACAACCCAGAGGACACCUCUGGUGCACCGAUCAGUACUGAUGAUGUCUCUACCGAUGAUCCUUCGACUGAUGAACCAUCCACUGAUGAACCCUCUUCAGAUACCACAGAGAAGCCGGCUGAUGUGACCACUGAUUCGGCGAUCUCUACCGAAGAUCCUUCUUCAGAGAGCACGGAGAAGCCGGCAGAGGGAACCACUGGGUCGUCAAUCGGUACCGAUGAUCCCUCUACCGAUGAUCCUUCGACUGACGACGCAUCCACCGAUGAGCCCUCUUCAGAUACCACGGACUCCACCGACUCCACCGACUCCAGCGACUCCACCGACUCCAGCGACUCCACCGACUCCAGCGACUCCACCGACUCCAGCGACUCCACCGACUCCAGCGACUCCAGCGACUCCACCGAUGAUGGGUCCACCACUGCCGCCACCCCCAUACUCGAUUGUCCCACAACAGGCUUCUUCCCCAUGGAUGAAAACUGCGGCGAGUUCAUCAUUUGCUUCCAAAAUGGCAAUCGUCUAGAGGCCGCCCGCUUCAAGUGUCCCGAGGGUAUGCAGUUCAAUCCCGAACUUUCCUUCUGCGUCGCCGAUUACGACUGCACCGCCUAGAGAGAUAGAUAGAAAGAGAGGAAAGAGCAAGAGCUAGUGGAAGGGAGGGAGGGAACUGACGAGAGAGAGAGAGAGAGAGAGAGAGAAUAGCAGAAAGAAAGAAUGCAAUAAAACUAUCCACGAAGCUCGAUUAUAAACCCAACCUGUAUUUAAUAUAUUUUUUCUG